CACACACACACACACACACUGUUAUUCCCCCUUCCCUCUGACAGUCCCCCUCAUGCAACAGUCCGCUCCCUCGCUCCCAAUUUAGUCCCCGCUGCUCUCAGGGACUGGAGCACAGUUGGAUCAUGCUCAGGAGGUGACAGGAGCAGCCCCAGUAAAACCGUCUCUCUCAGCCUGCUCCGUCCACUCCUCUCCCUCUAUCCAGCCCAGCCUCUCCUCUCUUCAGCCUCAGAGCCAUGGAGUCUUCCCAUGAGGUCCCCUUCAUGGAUGGUCUCACUAUGAAGGAGAUAGCCCCAGCCUCGGCCCCAGAUGCCAACGUCUACACCAAGUUCAUGAGGAACCACUGCUGCUAUGACGCCAUUCCAACCAGCUCCAAACUGGUCAUCUUCGACACCACCUUGCAGGUAAAAAAAGCUUUCUUUGCUCUGGUGGCGAACGGUGUUCGGGCGGCGCCGCUGUGGGAUAACAAGCUGCAGUGUUUUGUAGGUAUGCUGACCAUCACAGACUUUAUCAACAUUCUCCACCGGUAUUGGCAGUCUCCUCUGGUAGAGAUCUAUGAACUGGAGGAGCACAAGAUAGAAGACUGUAGAGAGGAAUUGCUGAAGUACUCCAACCAUACUCUGAUCAGUAUCACACCUGACUCCAGCCUUUUUGAUGCCAUCUAUUCUCUGCUGAAGUAUAAGAUCCAUCGGCUGCCUGUGAUCGACCCAGAGUCUGGCAACGUCCUGCACAUCCUCACCCACAAACGCAUCCUCAAGUUCCUGCAUAUCUUUGGCACCAUGAUACCAAAGCCUCGGUACCUCCAGAAGAGAAUUGAGGAGGUGGACAUUGGAACAUUUAAACAGAUUGCUACUGUCCGGGAGACAGACACGGUGUACGACGCCCUGGCCAUCUUCGUACAGCGGAGGGUCUCCGCUCUGCCAGUGGUCAAUGAGGAGGGGAAAAUCAAGGCCCUGUACUCCAGGUUUGAUGUGAUUAAUCUGGCCGCUCAGAAGAAUUACAAUAACCUGAACAUGACCAUGCAGGAGGCGAUCAGUAGCAGGGCCUGCUGUGUGGACGGGGUGCUGAAGUGUUACCCUCACGAGACUCUGGAGACUAUCAUCGAUCGUAUUGCUAAGGCAGAGGUCCACCGUCUCGUGCUGGUGGAUAAAGAUGACGUGGUGGGGGGGAUCGUCUCGCUCUCUGACCUCCUCCAGGCCCUGGUCUUGACCCCGGCAGAGAUUUCACAAAGAGCUCAAACUCUGACCACUGAAGACAAAUUGGGACACUAAUAAUGAAUGAAGACAGAAACUCUGUACUGAAUGGAAAGGAACUCGACCCCAGUGCUGUACUGGGCUGUCCGCACCACCAUCUGUAGCGCCAUGCGGUCGACAGUGAUGCACUUACCGUACCAAGCAGUGAUGCAGUCAGUCAAGAUGCUCUCAAUGAUGCAGCUGGAUACAUUUUUUUGAGGAUCUGAAACCAAAUCUUUUCAAAAUUGGGAACAACAACAAUGGGAAGAACAUUUUCUUUGGGAACAGUAGAAACAGAAAGGUGUCUGGGGGGUGAAUGGGAGGGAGUCUGCCAGGAAGGACAGCAGUCUGCCAGGAAGGACAGCAGUCUGCCAGGAAGGACAGCAGUCUGCCAGGAAGGACAGCAGUCUGCCAGGAAGGACAGCGGUCUGCCAGGAAGGACAGCGGUCUGUCAGGAAGGACAGAGGUCUGCCAGGAAGGACAGCGGUCUGCCAGGAAGGACAGGAGUCUGUCAGGACUUGAGGCUGCCAGGACAGGAGUCUCCUGAUGAAGAAGGAGCCUCACCUAUGACCUUACCUACACCCUGACACUGGCCUCGCCUGCUGCACAGAUAUAUACCCCUCUUUAUCCUGUCUACCCCCUGACCCUACCUAACCCCUGACCCUGCCCACCCCCUGACUCUGCCUACCCACUUACCCUACCCACUUACCCUACCUAACCCCCCCUG